AUGGAAGUGGAGCUCUGGCUAAGCUUUUAUCACGUGACCCCGUCGUUCUUUUUUGACAACGCGAAUAGAAAGCAGUAUCCAUCAGCUACGUCCUGCAUGACGUUUGACAGAUAUCGCUCCAUUCUGGCAGCGUUGAACACAACGUGCAGACCGGAAACUGAUGGCUCAAAUCAAUGGGCAGCUCCAUUUAGCCCGGAUCGUGAUACGACGUAUGCCGCUGAGCUCAUUAGGCGACUGUGUGCCGACAUUGGUUUUGUUCCUGGGACGUCUAUUGCAUCGCUAGACGACGAUCUCAUACGACUACGCUCUGCGAGCGUUGAUGAUGUUGGGCUAGCUCAUAUCCGCAAUCCAAAAAAGGGGUAA